GCUCUGUCUGCACGGAUUCUCGCUUCUUACUCCAGGAGACUCCAGAGGGAGUGGGCGGGCGCUUGUGUGUGUGUGGGAGGGUAUUGUGUUAAGCGUCUGGACGGGUUUGGUGGAUUCGCAAUCGUGAGAAGGAGGGGUCGCAUUUUGUAAGUGUGUCUGUAAGAGAGCGAGAGGGAUGUACGGUGUGCGCUUGUGGAGGGAGAGGAGAGCUGAGAUUGAUCGCAGCGAGAGUGACUGCAUGGGAGGCGGAUUGGUGAACCCAGCCGAGCGCUUUGUGGUGAGGCUAGCAGGGAUCUGAGCAUACUCCUGCUUCCUAUUUUGGUCAGCUGCCCCCACCCCCCAUCGCUGCCGUUUUCGCUGGUUGAGCGCUGCCUCCUUAACUGCGGAGUCACAAGGGAGAGGAGAGGCCCGACUUCCCGGUACUGCCGCAUCUCCUCCGCAGCUGUGAGCCUCUCGUGGAGUACUUGAGCCCGCACUUCGACCUGGAUGGAUGGGUAUGGGGAAAGCAGGAUUUUAUUACCACGGGGCUAAGCGCCUCUGCUACCCUCCUCCUCGCCUCGCACUUCUGCUGCUCGUUGCUGUCUCCUUCUGUUUUAGAAAAGGUGGGUGCCAGGUACAGGCCACACAAUGCCGAAUCCAGAAGUGCACAACGGACUUUGUCUCUCUGACGUCCCAUCUUAACACAGCUCUGGAUGUUUUUGACACAGAGUUUUGCAAAGCACUGCGCUCCUAUUCUGGUUGCACACACCGAACUGCCAAGGCCUGUCGUGGAAACCUGGUGUUUCACUCGGCUGUUCUAGGCAUCAGUGAUCUCAUGAGCCAGCGCAACUGCUCCAAGGAUGGGCCUACUUCUUCUACCCAGACAGAAGUCAUCCACGAGCCCUGCAGUUAUCACAGUCGCCAUCAAGGGAUGGGUAAAGACAUUCGAACUGGGAACCAGGACCAACCCACCUACCUCUUCUGUGGCCUGUUUGGGGACCCACACCUUAGGACUUUCAAGGACCAUUUUCAGACAUGUAAGGUGGAGGGAGCUUGGCCCCUGAUUGACAACAACUACUUGUCCGUUCAAGUCACGAAUGUACCGGUGGUGCCAGGUUCAAGUGCUACUGCAACAAACAAGAUAACUAUUAUCUUCAAACCUUACCAAGAUUGCACAGAUCAGAAGGUUUACCAGGCUGUGACAGAUGAUCUUCCUGCUGCUUUUGUUGAUGGCACAACAAGUGGAGGAGAAGGCGAUACCAAGAGUCUGCUAAUUCUGGAAAAGGCCGCUGGGCGGCAUGUAGAAAUUUUUGCUAGCUAUAUUGGAGCUACCAUCUUCGUGAGGCAGGUGGGACGCUAUCUUACUUUGGCGGUCCGCAUGCCUGAGGAACUAGCUAUUGCUUACGACGAAACCCAGGACUUGCAACUGUGCAUGAAUGGUUGUCCUACUUUGGAACGCAUUGAUGAAGGUGGGAUCAUCCCUCUUCCUGUCUUGAGCCUGCAUCAACCAGUUCAUCAGCACCAACAUCAACAGCAUCAGCAUCACCGCCAUCAACACAGUGGGCCUCAUCAAUCCCACAAUGUGUUUACUUUGGAAAGCGCUACGGCAAAAUGCCAUGACAAAUUGGAAGUGAAGGACAUUUAUUUCCACUCCUGUGUGUUUGACCUUCUCACCACUGGCGAUGCCAAUUUCACCUCUGCGGCAUUUAGUGCCCUGCAGGACUUGGAGGCACUGCACCCUCAGAAAGAACGCUGGCAUAUAUUCCCUAGUAAAGGGAAUGGUGGACCAUACUUCUUCCAUUGUUCUUUGCUAACUUUAGGACUUUUCUUUGUUGUACUUGUGGUUUUGUAGGAUUUUUGUCAUUAACAGAAAAAGUAAAUAUAUAUUGCCCUAAUAUAUUGAAGAAAUGUUAAAAUGAACAAAAAAAUUAUAUAUAUGUAUAUACCGUGUAUAUGAAGGGUUGUCCAAUACUGAAAAAAAAAUUGGAGGAAAGAACCUAAAAAACAAAAUCUUCUGAUUGGUUGUGUACAUAUUGUCAUAAUUUGUGUAUUUUUUUUCAGGUACAUUGGAUAUAGUAUUAUUCAAUUUUUUUAUUGUAUUUUUUAAAUGUCCCUGAAUUAGGGCUUUGAUAAAAGAAAGCACUUUAUUUUUAUUUUUGCUUUAUUUUGCAGUAUUGCAAAUUUUUCAGACUAGGAUUACUGAGUUGUGUGUGUCAGUAGCUAGGAGGUUAAAGAAAUGAAUAUUCAAGUGUUUGCUGGGCAGGGGGGUGUGAGCACUUACUUAUAUGGGAGGGUGGGCAGACGGGCAGUGGUGAGGUCUUUACAAAGAACGUUAGUAGUCCCACAAACUUACUGAUCAGACAUCCGCUGAGCGGUGAGGGGGACAUAUUGGGGACAUACGUGUGGUGUGAUUCAGAGCUCUCUGACCACAGUUUUGAAGCAGAGGGUCGUUCUGUCACACUUAACAAGCACAAAAAAAAUGAACCCAAAAUUACAAUGUAAAACCCACAAGAACAAAGAAAAACCGAAAACUCUAGCCUUGAAAGAUGUUAGUGAAAUAAGAAAUAGUUAACACAGGAAGAGGUUUUUCUCCAAAGGUCCAAGUGUGACAAAUUAUA